GACUUAAGGAAGAUUGCUUCAGAAAAGGGCUAUAGAGUUUCUGACAAUCUAGGGUUAGGAAAUUGUAUGUUUUAUGCCUUGUCAGAGCAACUGGAGAUUGUCAAAAGAGUAAAGAUCCAUCAUUUUGAAUUAAGGCGUUCCUUGGUUCAGUAUCUAAGAGAGCACCCAAAAAUGGUGAGUAUUUGGUAAAGUAUGUGUAAUGUCUAGAGCAGAUACUAAAAAUGUAUCUUCUGUUCCGCAUUCAAGUCAAAUGUUAGGAAUUAUAAUUAGAACAUCAUGGCUUUGAUCAGGGAAAAAAAUCAGUGUGUGUAAUACAUGAAGUUGAAGUUGACACAAUUAGAAAGGAUAACUUGUCUUUGUAUCACUACAAUGUCUUCCUUGUUUUAGGUUAUUGCUAUGUUAUUUUAAGAACAACUGUGAGCAAUAUAAUGCUGAUAAACUUGUUUAUAAUCAUUCAUUUAAAUAGCAGUGCUUUCAAUAAGACCUGGCACCUGAUGGAGCUCUGGCGGGUAUUCUGUUGUAAAUUGCCAGGUAUACUUUGAAAGCUUUCAAGCAAACUCAUGAAGUGAGACCUAAAACACCAUGAGGUCUUCUAGCAUUCUUUCAGUUGACUUUUAUCUUUUUAAAUGAGUUUUGAUAAAUAUGAUUGAUAUUGUCUUAUUCUGAAAUCCAGCAUACAUUUCAUAUGUUUCGGGCAAAAAAGGAUUUUGAGUUUCCAACAACACACUGACUCAAAUUUCAGAAGAAUUUCUGUGUGAAACUCAGGAAGCAGGCUUUCAUGUCUGCAAAUGGAAGAUUUUGAUCUGAAAUAAAACAAUCAAUUAAACAAUUGUUGUAAAGGAGACAAAAGUUUCAUAAUCAUCUCUGGAAUUUUAACACCAAAAACUCAGUUUGAAGUCAGUUUAUUCUGAAUGGAAGUACAGGGAUAACAAGAGGAAUAUUCUCCAUUGGGUGCUUUACCAAGGUAGCCACCUCCCUCAAAUCUUAUUGAAAGCAUUGAAUUGAUCCUUUUUUGCUAUUAUUUUAAAGAUUAAAUAUGUUAGUUGUAAAAAUUACCCCAAUCCAACUUACACAGGAAUUACUCUUAAUGAUUAUUGAGCUUAGCAACUAAAGAGUCUCGUAUUUGUCUUUGAAUACUUUUGAAUGUAAUAUUCAUUAUAGGAAAAUAUUACCCUAUUGAGUCAUAACUAGUUGCUCUAUUACUAUUAAUAUUACAUGUUUUCUUGUUGGACUUUCCCUCAAAGGUGGAUGGAACAGAUCUGUUUCACUUUGUUAAAGGACACGCAACGUGGGAUGGUUACUUAACAGACAUGGAACGAGAUGGCACAUGGGGUGAUCAUGUGGUUCUCUGGGCUGCAGCUAACUGUUAUCAAAUAGCCAUUCAUGUGAUUAGUAGUCUUCCAGGUUUAAUUAAAGUAAUUAUCAAACCAGAUGUUCCAUUUGACCAAAGCAAGCAUCUUGUACUGGGACAUGUCCAUGAAUUACACUAUGUCGGCCUUCAGCCCUUGCAAGGUAGGGCUUAG